AUGCAUAGCAUAUCAACAAAUUCAGUGGGAUGUGUUCCAAUCGAAUCUCCGCCACUGUCUUGGUCUUCGGGGUUAAGCGAUUGCAGUUCAAUUUUUUCAACUCGGUGAGUUAGAAUUUCAAGAAUCCCAUUUAUUUUCAAACUUUCUAUAUAUUCAAUUUUGCAGUUGGAAACGAACUCCAGAAAAACUCUUGCCUCUCGAUGAUAAAGAAUUCGGUCAAAUUUACAAUUUAGAUAUAUCGGAGCCAUUUUAUAUGAAGUUCAAUUAUAUUCAACCAAAUGAUCACACUACAGUUGUUUGUCAAUUAGAUGGUUGUUUUAAAAGUUAACUUUUUGUUUAAUUAUGAAUUGUUAAAUUUUAGAUUAUAUGGAAGUUCCGAUCGGUGAUGCAGAACAAUGCCUUGAAUGUAUUCGCGAAGAUCGUUUAUUACUCGAAACAGUUCAUAUUGAAAUCAAUGCAUGUGAUCCAAAAACCAAAAUUGCUGUUGAAAAAGUUCUAAACAAGUUUUUGAUUCAGAAAAAUAAGUGUUCAACUGAUUUGGUGGUUAAAAGAGUAUACUUUUUCAUUUAUGAUUUUUCAUAUGCUAGAGAUUUUGCAAAAAUCUUAUCAAUCAUUGCUCCAAAAGCAUUCGAGGUUAAUAUUGGAAUUCCGAAAAAUAGGGUUUAUCCACUGGUAAGAAAUAAUAUCGAAAUCUAAAAAUAAAACUAAAACUUUUCAGAAUCCAUCAACUGAAGCGGGUUAUGUCAUCGAGUUUUUAACUCGAUAUCUUCAACCAAACAAAACAUAUGAAACAAUCCGUGUUUUACGAAUUUACAACUUCAUUUCUUUCGACAAAAAUUUCCAAGCAAUUUUUAAUCGAUGCACUCGAUUAAAGCAUUUAACUGUUUCAAAUGUAAGUUUUUCUGGGAAAUUUUCGAACUUUUUUCUCAAAAAAAGAAGUUGUGAGAAAAAUUUGUCCAAAGUUUUUAAAUAAACUUUUUUUAAGAUUGAAGAGAUCGGAAUAUUCGAAGCUGAAACAAUUGAAUCAGUAUUGUUGGAUAGUUGUGAUUUUUCUAAUACAUUUUUUGAUUAUGAGUUUGCAGUUGUAAGUCCCUCCCUCAUGUUUCUUUUUUUUUUCGAAUAUUUCCAUUUUUCAGAAAGCUCCCCGUCUUUUCCCAAAAGCUUUACAUUUCGGAUAUCUUCAUUGUAAAUUGGAUGUUUGCACAAAAGCCAUCGAGUAUGUGUCUAUUUUUAUUUAUUUUUCUAAUUUUUUAAAUUUAGGCAAUUUUCGAGUCGUCGUAUUGGCGAAACUCGCAACAACAUUCGCUUUUAUCAACCAGAAAAGGAUUUUCGAAAGUUUUUAUUAGAUGUGACAAGAAAUUUCGAGAUAAUAAAUGAUGACCGGGAAUUGGAAGGGGAAAUACAGGUAAAAUUAUAUUCAUGAGCUUUUUUGGUGGCAAGACAACAAGUUUGUUUUUCAUAUAUUUUGCAGAUAAGAGGGCACAAAGAUGGACCAGUAAUUACAGUUUUCAACAAAGAUCGAAUCUAUAUGUCUAAAAAUGAAUAA